AUGAGCGUGGCCCCCCUCAGCCCGGGCACCCGCCGGCGACUACUCCAGGGCCAGCCAGGUCCCCUCCCAGCACCCGUGUCCAACGGCGUGGCCAUCUUCAUCAGCUCUACGGUGUCGGGUAAGAUAUGGACGCAGAGAGGGAAGCCCUGCAGAACACCGCCUACCCUGAAGUAAACCUUCUGCCACAAGCACGGAUUGAUGUUUGAGGUUGUUGAUCUGAGGUGGGGCAUUCGGAACUCUGAGGCCACUGACUACAUGACCACAGAACUCUGCCUGGAGGAGCUUGAGCGGUGUCGAAAAACAUCAGUUGGACCAGCUUUUGUGGCCUUGGUGGGUGACCAGUACGGACCCUGCCCGGUCCCCUCACUGAUCGAGGAGAAGGAGUGGGAGGCCCUGAAGGCCCAGCUGACGUCCAGGCCGCGUGAACUGGAGCUGGUGGCACGCCGCUUCCGGAAGGACGAGAACGCGGUUCCUCCUGCCUACGUGCUGCAGGCCGCAGGUGCUGGGGAGGCCCGCGGGCCCGAGGAGGUCACCCUGACCGCUGCCCUGCGUGCUGGGGCCCAGGAAGCCUGGCAGCUGGGACUCAUCACCCAGGAGCAGUGGCACCGCUACCACCGGUCAGUGAUUGAGUGGGAGAUUGGCCACGGUCUGCUAAGCGCGGAGGACGGGGACCAGCGGACGACCAUCUACCUGCGUGAGAUCCAGGACCUCAACAAACACAUCCUGGACGACUGCGCCCUGCGGCUGGUGGACCGGCUGCCAGAUGGCUGCCUGGACACGGACGCCCAGAACCUCCUCAGCAGCCUCAAGGGGCGCAUCUCCGAAGAGCACCCCAGUGCCCUCAAGACCCAUCACCUGCCGUGGAGCCGCGACCUGGUGAACCCCAAGAACAAGGUCCACGCCAGGUACCUGAAGGAGCUGGGGGAGCAGUUCGUAGCCAGGGCCAACCACCAGGUUCUGGAGAGGCUCCGGGAGCUGGAGGUGGCCACUCAGGACCUGGCCUGGCUGUUCCAAGACAUCCGUCACCACCUGGCCCAGGGUGCCGAGGCCACGCGGGCUUUCUGUGGCCGCAGGGAGCUCCUGGCUCAGCUCGGCCAGCGGCUCCGGCAGAAUCACAGCGCCCCCCACAGCCCGCUGGUGCUCUAUGGACCCCCGGGCAUUGGAAAGACUGCGCUCAUGUGUAAACUGGCCGAGCAAGUGCCCGGGCUGCUGGGCCACAAGACGGUGACAGUCCUGCGGCUCCUGGGCACCUCGCAGAUGAGCGUCGAUGCCCGUGGCCUGCUCCGGAGCGUCUGCUUCCAGAUCUGCCUGGCCUUCGGGCUGCCCCUGCCUCCCGCCCAGGUCCUGGAGGCCCACACCAGGGUGAUCCAGUUCUUCCACGACCUCCUCCACACUGUGUCCCGCAGAAACUUUGAGGCCCUUGUCAUCCUCCUGGACUCCCUGGAUGACCUGGACAUUGUCCAGCAUGCCCGCAGGGUCCCCUGGCUGCCUGCACAGUGUCCCCCAAGGGUCCACCUCAUCCUCUCUGCCUGCUCAGGGCAGCAGCAGGGGGUGCUGGACGCAGUGCGGCAGACGCUCCCAGACCCCGGGGCCUACUUAGAGGUGAAGCCCCUCUCAGCCAACCAAGGGCAAGAGAUGAUUGGGCUGCUGCUGGUGGCCGCGCGGAGGACACUGAGCCAGGCCCAGCGGGACCUGCUGUGGGCCAGCCUCCCUGAGUGUGGCCACCCGGGCCGCCUGAGGCUGGCCUUUGAGGAGGCCCGCAAGUGGGCCUCCUUCUUCAUGCCUACCCCUCUGGCCUCCACCGCCCAGGAGGCCACACACCAGCUGUGUGCCCGCCUGGAGCAGACGCACGGCCAGCUCCUGGUGGCCCACGUGCUGGGCUACAUCGUGGCUUCCCGACAUGGGCUCUCAGAGGCGGAGCUGAAGGAUGUCCUGUCCUUGGACGAUGAGGUCCUGCAGGUCGUGUACCAGGACUGGACGCCGCCCAGCAAGGAGCUGCUCCGCUUCCCGCCGCUGCUGUGGGUGAGGCUCCGGCGAGAUCUGGGCACCUGCUUGUCCCGGCGGCCCAUGGACGGCUCCAUGCUGCUGGCCCUCACCUACAGACAGCUGGCCGAGGUGGUCCGUGAGCGCUACCUAUCAGGGCCUGAGGGAGUCAAACGACAUGGUGUCCUGGCAGACUUCUUCUUGGGGACCUGGAGCCAGGGUACCAAGAAGCUCAUCACCCUGCCAGUCCUGGGGAAGCCGCUGAACCUGGAUCGCAAGGUGGCCCCUCAGCCCCUCUGGUUCUCAGACACGGUCGCCAACCUGCGGAAGCUGAAGGAGCUGCCCUUCCACCUGCUGCACGCGGGACGCAUCGAGGAGCUGAAGCAGGAGGUGCUGGGCAGCAUGAGCUGGAUCGCCUGUCGGGCCCUGUCCGGGGGCCUCGAAGCCAUCCUGGAUGACUUUGACUUGUGUGCCCCACAUGUGGACUCCCCCGAGGUUGGCCUGGUGCGUGAGGCCCUGCAGCUGGCCCGGCCCGCUCUGGAGCUCCGCGGCCUGGAGAGAAGCGUCCUCUACACAGAGAUCCUGGCCAGACUCCAUUUCUUCGCCACCUCACACCCAGCAUUGGUGGGGCAGCUGUGUCAACAGGCACAGAGCUGGUUCCGGGCGUGUCCUCAUCCAGUGCUGGUGCCCCUUGCAGGGUUCCUCCAACCUCCCGGUGGACCCCUCCAGGCGACCCUCACUGGCUGCCACAAAGGCAUCACUGCUAUGGCGUGGAGCCUGGAAGAGCUGCAAUUGGUGGUUGGCACCCAAGAUGGUACUGUGGCUGUGUGGGACAUGAAAGAUCACCAAGUGAUUCAUAUCCUAACUGGGCACACAGGAGAAGUGAGGUGUGUGAAAGUAUUUGCCAAAGGGACCUUUGCCAUCUCGGCCUCCAAGGACCACACGCUACGCUUGUGGAACUUACUCUCUGGCCAGGAGAAAUUCAUCAUUUGGGAUGGAGGCUCCAAAGAUCCCAAUGAACCUCAGUUCUGGGACCUUUAUGUGGAUGAAGCAAACAGAGUUGUAUACUCAACAUCAGGCUCAAAGAUUAAUGCAUGGAACCUGGAAACAUCAGAACCCGUGUUCCGCAUUCUGGGUGACCCUGCUGACACCUGGGCAUGUGCGGCCGUGUUUGCCUCCCAGGCCCGAAUCCUGACAGUUUCCACCAGUGGUGUGGUCAGUCUCUGGAGCUCAGCCACUGGAAAAGUGCAGGGGAAGCAUCAUCUGUCCAGCGUCAAAGAGGAAACACCCACCUGUGGGGUCGCGGUCCAGAAACAAGGAAAGUUGGUCGCUGGAUUCAGCAAUGGCUCUGUCUCUCUGGUUUCCCCUGAAGGAGACAGCCUGCUUGAGAAACUUCCAGAAGCUGUGGGAUUCCUGGUGAUCUCUGAGGAUGAGUCCCUUCUCGCUGCAGGCUUCGGCAGAUCCGUGCGGAUAUUCCUGGCUGACUCACAGGGCUUCCACCACUUCAUGGCCACAGAUCUGGAGCACGAGGACUCAGUGGACACUGCUGUCUUUGGUCCCAAGAACAAUCUGAUCGUCACAGGCUCCCGUGACUCACUCAUUCAGGUGUGGAGUCUGUCGGAGCAGGGGACCCUGCUGGACAUCCUCGAAGGUGUCGGGGCCCCUGUGAGCCUGCUCUCGCGGGGUGGGGCCUUGGUGGCCUCUGCUUCCCAACAGUCCUCGUCUUUCAAAGUCUGGGAUCUCACAUACUCGCAGAAGCCCCGGGUCACUGCCCCAUUCCUGGACCGCACGGGCCUCACUGCUGUGUCCCAUAACGGAAGCUACGUCUACUUCCCCAAGAUCGGGGACAAAAACAAAGUCACCGUCUGGGACCUGGCGGAAGGCGAGGAGCAAGAUGCCCUGGACACAUCCAAUGAGGUCAGGUGUCUGGAGGUGGCCGAACAGAACAAGCUCCUCUUUGCUGGCCUGGUUUCCGGGAUUGUCCUCGUGUCCCCCCUGAACUCGCGGCAGGAUGUGGUGUGCAUCCCCCCUCCGGAGGCCCGCAAAGCCAUCAACUGCAUGGCGCUGAGCAAGGGCGAGGAGCGUCUGGCCAUCGCUUACGACAACAUCGUCCUGGUGCUGGACGUCAGCCCUGGGGACCCCUGUCCCGUCAUCGAUGGCCCAACCUACACCUUCUACACCCAGCUGCCCGAGACCAUCUCCAGUGUGGCCGUUCUGGCCGACUACCGCGUGGUCUACGGCAUGACCAACGGUGACCUCUUUCUCUACGCGUGUGCCAAUGCCAAGGUGUUCCCUCUGGAGGCCCACAGGAGCCGGGUCACCUGCGUGGAGGUUAGCCACAAGGAGCAGCUGGCCGUGAGCGGGUCCGAGGAUGCCCUGCUGUGCCUGUGGGACCUGCAGGCCUGCAAGUGGAAGUUCGAGAUGAGCUACACGCGUUCUUACUGCCGAGGAGUGCAAUGUGCUUGCUUCUCCAAAGACGACAAGUACGUGUUCGUGGGCUUGAAGGACCGCUCCAUAAUUGUCUGGAGUGUGCUGGAUGGCACCUUGCUGGCUGUCCAGUUUGUCCAUGCGGUUGUGAACAGAAUCAUUCCAACCUCAAAUGGUUUCAUUGCUCCCACCAGACAUGGUUAUCUCAUCCGUGAGCGUUUCCAAUGCCCUUCAUCAAGGGUCUCACAGCAGGACCCACUCAAGAACUUCAAGAAGGCAGUGUGGCUGGUCAAAUCCAGGCAGAAAGAAGAGCUGCCCACCACAGCAGGAGCACCUCAGGACUCAGAGAAUCCGGAGGGAAAUGAAUCCAAACCAAACAAACGUUCCCAAGUCUGCCUAAUAGUGUAG